CUGCGGUCAAAAACAAAAACAUUUUCAGAAUUUAUUGCGAUGCGAUUAGAUUCCGCAUGAGCACAGGAACAAAAUAUUACGAAAUUAUUUUUACGUUUGUGCAGUAUAUUUAAUAUAGACUGCUUUAACCAGUGAAAAAAAAUAUCAGAAUGCUGACAAUUUCACGAAACAUCCGUGGUGCGAUAGUGCGACAGGCUUUUCGCAAAAAUGCCAUACUCGCACAGUCUCGAACACUAUCUUCCGAUAAAAAGUAUAGUAUCAAAGAUGAAGUACUUGACGGAAGGCCACUUUAUUUGGACGCUCAGGCGACAACGUCAUUGGAUCCCCGGGUUCUUGACGCCAUGAUGCCAUACAUGACCGCAUACUACGGAAACCCUCAUUCCAGAACUCACGCUUACGGGUGGGAAUCCGAAGAAGCGAUGGAAACGGCGCGAUCGCAAGUGGCUAGCUUGAUUGGAGCCGACCCUAAGGAAAUUAUUUUUACAUCUGGGGCCACCGAAUCCAAUAAUAUUUCGGUCAAAGGAGUGGCCCGGUUUUAUGGAACGAAGAAAAAACACAUCAUCACAACCCAAACCGAGCACAAGUGCGUGCUGGAUUCAUGCCGAGCGCUCGAAGGGGAAGGAUUCCGCGUGACGUACCUGCCUGUGCAGACAAACGGAUUGAUCGACAUGGAGGAACUGGACAAAGCUAUCACACCGGAAACGACUCUUGUUUCGAUCAUGACUGUGAAUAACGAAAUCGGCGUAAAGCAGCCCGUUGCCGAGAUAGGCAAACUGUGCAAAUCCAAGAAAGUAUUUUUCCAUACCGAUGCCGCACAAGCGUUGGGAAAGAUUCCGAUGGAUGUUAACAAGAUGAACAUUGAUCUGAUGUCGAUCUCAGGUCACAAGAUUUACGGUCCAAAGGGAAUUGGAGCACUUUACGUGCGUCGCCGACCUCGCGUUCGAGUGGAAGCGGUCCAAAGUGGAGGAGGACAGGAGCGCGGUAUCCGUAGUGGAACUGUGCCUACCCCGUUGGUCGUUGGAUUGGGUGCGGCCUGUGAGCUUGCCAUUCGAGAAAUGGAAUACGAUCACAAAUGGAUGGAGUUUCUGUCGAAGCGCUUAAUGGAUCAAAUCUUCGCCGCUUUGCCGCAAGUCAUCCGCAACGGCGACCCGGUUCAUACGUAUCCCGGCUGUGUGAAUCUUUCUUUUGCGUACGUGGAAGGUGAAUCGUUGUUGAUGGCACUCAAGGACGUAGCCCUAUCGAGUGGAUCCGCCUGUACAUCGGCUUCGUUGGAACCGUCGUACGUGCUACGGGCCAUCGGCGCCGAUGAAGAUUUGGCGCACAGUUCCAUCCGUUUUGGCAUUGGACGAUUUACCACCAUUGAUGAGAUUGACUACAUUGCUGACAAGUGCAUCAAGCAUGUGACUCGGCUGCGCGAGAUGUCCCCGCUCUGGGAGAUGGUUCAGGAAGGCAUCGACAUCAAGUCGAUCCAAUGGUCGCAGCAUUAGAAAGCAUAAAUGACGAACUUUUUUUUUGUUUAGUGUAAUGCAAGGCUUGCGCAGCAGUUGAUUUUGGGUACAGUUUUGGUAAUAGUUAUCGAUCCACUUUUUUUCUGUUAAAAUCUGAGUAUGAUAGACUUUAAUAAAUCGGCAAUAAUUGUAGAACUUGAUAACUGAUAUUAUUAAAGGAAAUACAAUUUUGCUUGUUCGGCA